AUGGUAUUUGAUAUCAAUGAAUGUGAACUUGGAAUUGAUAACUGUCAUUCUCAAGCAUCAUGUCGCAAUACCAAUGGGUCGUUCGACUGUUCUUGCAACUUUGGCUUUAGUGGAGAUGGAAUAGCAUGCAACGCGACAAGACCUUCUAAUACAUCUAAUCCAGGCACCAUUCCACCCACUACUAAUCCAGGCAACGCGACAAGAUCUUCUAAUACAUCUAAUCCAGGCACCAUUGCACCCACUACUAAUCCAGCUAACGCAACAAGACCUUCUAAUACAUCUAGUCCAGAUACGACGCCUUCUUAUACAUCAAGUCGAGGCACCAUUCCACCCACUACUAAUCCAGCGAAAAACAUUCCACGAAAUUUUACGACAUCAGCGCCAGAAUUAUGCGGCGAAAGUCAACUGUAUCCUCCUGGAAAACUCACAAGCCCUCUUUAUCCCCUUUCAUACCCUCACUACUUGGAUUGCAGUUGGACCAUUUCCAGCACCAAUGGAAGAAAAAUUUUACUACAGUUUACUUCAUUCUUGCUGGAAGGUAGUUACAGUUGUGGAUUUGACUAUUUGGAAGUUUAUGAUGGAGAUUCAGCAAAUACGACGAAACUGGGCAGAUUCUGUGGAAACCAAUUACCAAGAAGCCUGGUAUCAUCUGGACUCAAACUCUUCAUCGUGUUUCACUCGGAUUAUAGCGUGUCAGCACCGGGAUUUGUUCUGAACUAUUCAACACCAUUAGAUGUAAAUGAAUGUUACUUUGGAACACACAACUGCGCUAUUGGAGCGUCAUGUGUCAAUACGAAUGAAUCGUUUUACUGCAUUUGUGAAAACGGUUAUACCGGAGAUGGCGUAACCUGCACAGAUAUCAAUGAAUGUGAACUUGGAAUUGAUAACUGUCAUUCUCAAGCAUCAUGUCGCAAUACCAAUGGGUCGUUCGACUGUUCUUGCAACUUUGGCUUUAGUGGAGAUGGAAUAGCAUGCAACGCGACAAGACCUUCUAAUCACUAA